AAAAAUUUCGUUUAGAUGUAAAAUAUCAAGGUCUCAUUGAAGAAAUAACUACAAAAGAAGAGUUAGAAAACCAAUUAUGUUGCUUUAUUCAUUCAAUAAAAAAGCAAGAUGGAACUGAGUAUCAUGCUUCCUCAGUUAAUAAUUGUCUCUAUACUUUAAAUCGACAUUUGAAUGAAAAAUCAACACUUCCUAAGCUAAUCAAUAUUUUAGACAAAAAAGUAUAUUAUAAGCUAUGGCAAGUUUUUAAUGGUAAAGUAAAAAAUCUAGCUAAUCAAGGUCUUGCAGAACAUACUGGAAGUAUAGGUUUUACUGAAGAGGAAAUUUUACAUAUUAUGAAUCAUCCAAUUAUGACUGGGGAUACUCCAACUGGUUUAUUAUAUUGGGUGUUUUUUUUUAAUGCAAUCCUAUUAGGAUUACGUGGUGGUGAACACUUUAAUUUACAAUAUAAUA